AUGGUUUCAUGGCUUCCUGCAGUCCCUUACCCCCCGCCCGACCAGCCUGGAUAUUGGGAUCCAGAUUACUAUGCCACUUACUAUGCCGCGGAAAUCAUCAAUACCCUUACAAACAGCUUGUUCAUCUACCUAGCCUACCGGGGUGUCAAGAGCUGUCGGAAGCAUGGUCAUGAUACUGUCUUCCAGGUCGCAUACUUUGGUUAUUUCCUUGUUGGGUUUGGAAGUCUGAUGUUUCAUGCCACCCUCAAAUAUCCGUGGCAGCUGGUUGAUGAGUUAAACAUGAUCUACACUACGUGCCUGAUGGCCUUUGCCAAUUUGUCUUAUUCUCGAUCUUUCGCCGCCCAAAUGUCUCUCGCCGUCUUCUUUGUCAUCUUCUGUGCCGCCAUCACGGCCUACUAUCACUACAUCCAAGAUCCAACCUUUCAUCAAACCGUCUAUGCCGUGCUCACCAGUUUCAUCGUCUUUCAGAGCAUAUACCGCAUGGAGUUCACUCUUCGGCCGUCGUUAAGGAAGAGUGAAGAGCGUCACCGUCGAGAGAGAGAACAGCUUAGUGACCACCUCCCUUCCAAGGCCGAUACCCACUAUGAGAACACGAGGGACCUGCACAUUCUCAAAACCAUGUGGCUUUUUGUCGCUUUCGGUCUCUCCGUCUUUCUUAGCGGAUUUGCAAUAUGGGCACUAGACAUUAAAUAUUGCUCCACCUUGCGUACCUGGCGCAGGCACGUCGGUAUGCCAUGGGGUUUUCUGCUCGAGGGUCAUGGAUGGUGGCACUUGUUGACAGGUCUCGGGGCUUAUUGCUAUAUCGUUUGGGGUAUUCACCUACGACACAUUCUGAAUGGCGACCAAGAACACUAUGUCAUGGUGUGGCCGACCAUCUUUCGUCUCCCCGAGAUCGUCAAAGUGUCUGAUCCUUCGUCGAACGCAAAUACAUCCACUAACGGCGCGGUCUCGAAUGGCAGUCUCAAGGCAUUGAAGCAGAGUUGA